AUGAGCCACCCAUACCGUCAACAACUUGGGGAGUAUGGUUCGAGAACCAGCUUUGAUAACAGCGGACAGUCGCUUGGCAUCGACAUAAGUAAGAUAAAAGACGAUAUAAUAUCGACAUCAUCUUCUCUACCGAGGAGACCAGAACUGUUUGAUGACGAUGAAGAAUAUAGCAGCUCUAACAACGUCGCAGCUGAAGACAAUAACUUCGAUCAGUCAUUCAACUCCACAAUAUCAAGCGGAGCAAGGAAUAUGAGUUCAACUAGCUUGAGUGGUAACAACGUAAGAAAAAUACGAUCAAAGUCUGUGGAUUUGUCACAUAUGUACCUGCUGAAUGGUAGUCAUGACACACAACUAACGUUCACCAACGAAUCCGUGGCUGACCUGUCACACAAAGUAGUGAGUCAAUACCUGAGUAGUGGAAACAAUGACCCAGACACCAACCCAUUAGUCCCUAGAUUGAAAACUAUCGAAAUGUACAGAGAAAAUGUCAAGAAAUCAAAAGACCCUAACGUUUUAUUCCAGUACGCUCAGUAUAUGUUACAAACUGCCCUCACAAUGGAUCCCGAAUGUAUGAACUCUACUGGAAAGGAUGAAGACGCUGCAGAAUUGAAGAAAAAGUUCCUAAAGGAUGCACACCAUUACUUAAAGAAACUCAGUACAAAAGGGUAUGUAGAUGCUCAAUAUUUACUAGGUGAUGCAUUAGCAUCCGGAGCAUUUGGUAAGAAAGAUAACAAAGAGGCAUAUACUCUAUUUCAGGCUGCUGCCAAACAUGGCCAUGUGGAAAGUGCCUACAGAACUGCACAUUGUCUAGAAGAAGGACUAGGUACUACCAGAGACGCAAGAAAAGCCUUGAACUUUUUAAAAUUUGCUGCUAGCAGAAACCAUCCUUCAGCUAUGUAUAAACUUGGUGUUUACUCAUUUUAUGGUCGGAUGGGGCUACCAUCUGAUGUUAACACAAAACAGAAUGGUAUUAAGUGGCUAUCGAGAGCAGCAGCUAGAGCAAAUGAGCUGACAUGUGCCGCACCAUAUGAACUUGCGAAGAUCUACGAGGUUGGCUUUUUAGAUAUUCUUAUUCCUGAUAAUAAAUACGCGCUUGAACUUUACGUGCAGGCUGCAACAUUAGGCCAUGUUCCUUCUUGUACGUUAUUGGGACAAAGGUACGAAACAGGUGACGAAUUCUUACCCCAAGAUACUAGUUUAUCUGUGCAUUAUUAUACACAAGCUGCAUUAAAAGGUGAUCCAGUUGCAAUGCUGGGUCUGUGCGCAUGGUAUUUAGUAGGUGCUGAGCCUGCAUUUGAUAAAGACGAAAAUGAGGCAUUCGAGUGGGCUCUUAGAGCUGCCAACCUUAAAUACCCAAAAGCUCAAUAUACAUUGGGCUAUUUUUACGAGCAUGGUAAAGGAUGUGAAAAGAACGCUGAGAUUGCCUGGAAAUGGUAUGCAAGAGCUGCAGCCAAUAAUGACAAACGUGCGAUAAAUAAAAUGAAUUCGAAAUCAAAAGAUGACGUUACCUCAACAUUUAAGAAAGGCCAUCAGAAGUCAAGAAGUGUAAAUACCCUAAAUUUGUUUGCAAAGAUGGAUGAUGAACCCGAGUAUAAACCACAAGAAUCAACAUUUAACAAUGAGUUCAACACUAAUAGUCGAGACGAUUUAGAUGGAGGACGACAUAACUUAUCCAAAUCAAAUGACAAUUAUGGAAGUUUACCUACUCCUCAGAUAAAUUAUUUCUCCGCUCCAAACAGUGCAGAACAAUCGCCCGCCAUCAGUAAGCAAAGUGCAAAUGGCAAAGCUUCCAACAACACAGGCCGACUACACAGAUCCACUCCACAAAAUGAUAUACGCGUAAUUCAAAACACACAGUUUAAAUCAGAGGAGGAUCAUUUAAACAAGGAACUUCCCUCACAUUCCCAGGAACAGAACAGCAAGGAGAAGAAGAAAAAAAAGAAUAAGAAAGAUUGCAUAAUUAUGUGA